AUGACAGAAAUAAUAACUUUUGAUAAUAAUAAUAAUAAUAAUAAUAAUAAAAAUAAUGGAAAAAAUAUAAUAAAUAGUAUUCCCUAUGUUUUAUUGGGUGCAAUAAUCGGAUAUAGCUUAAAUAGUAGUGUUGAUAGUAUUGGUUUUAAUAACAAUGAUGAAAAUUGUGAUACAACAACAACUAGCAAACAAGAAAUGACACCCCUUUUAUUAAUAAAUUAUUUCAAUAUUUCAAACGUUUGCAAAUUAUGGAAAGAUUUAUCAAAAUCGAAUCUACUAAAUUUAGAAUUAAAUCCUUUUGUUCUUCAUAAAUUGAAAAUUUAUAAUAGCAAUAACAAAUAUAAUAAUAAUAAUAAUAAUAAUAAUAAUAAUAAUAAUAAUAAUAAUAAUAAUAAUAAUAAUAACAUAACUAGUGAUUUUAAUAUUCACUCAUUUUUUAAAAUUUUAAAACAAUUUAAAUCAGUUGAAAGAGUUUGUUUAUCAAAUUUUAAUUUUAUAACAUCAUUAUCUUCGUCGUCACCAUCAUCAUCAUCAUCAUCAUCAUCAUCAUCAUCAUCAUCAUCAUCAUCAUCAUCAUCAUCAUCAUCAUUAUUACUUUCUUCAUUAUCAUCUUUAUCAUCAUCAAUUACAUCAUCAAUCACAUCAUCAUGCUCAUCAUCAACAUCAACAUCAUUAACAACCUCACCAAUUUUUAAUAAAAGUCAUAGUAAUAGAAAUCUAACAACCUCUACAAUAAUAGCAAAUAGAUUAUCAACCAAAGCAGCAUUACUUUUAUCAAGAGAUGAUGACGAGGAUCAUUCAAAAACAAUUUUAGAUUUAAAAAAUUUCUAUUCAUCAUCAUCUUCUUUAUUUACACCCUCUGGUUCACCUAGGUCAACAACUAUAUCACCAAGAUCAAUAACUUCACCAACAACCACAACUACAUCACUAUCAUCGUCAACACCAUCAUUUUCAAUUAUAACUCAACUUGAAAAUAACACAAAUAUAACAACUCAAGAUAAUAAUAAUAAUAAUAAUAAUAAUAAUAAUAAUAAUAAUAAUAAUAAUAAUAAUAAUAAUAAUAAUAAUAAUAAUAAUAAUAAUAAUAAUAAUAGUAGUAAUAAUAAUAAUAAUCAUGGUUUUAGAAUAUUAUCAUCAGCAAUUAAAUUUUUUCAAUCAACUUCAGCAUUGGAUGAAUAUAGAAUGAAUCAAAUAUUGUAUGAGAAUGCAAUAUGUAAUAUAUGUACAUUGGAGAUUGAUAGUUGUUCCAAUUUUAAAACUAUUGAGUUUGUAAAUUAUUUUUUAAAUUCCAAAUACAUUAAAUCGAUAUCGAUCAAUCGAUGUAUGUUAAGGGAUUGGGAUUGCUCAAUAUUAUUUUUCACUAUUAAAAAUUCAGAGUCUCUAACUUCGAUAGAUUUAUCAAAUAAUAGGAUUCAAGAAGAGGGUGCAAAAACAAUUUCGAUUGUAUUGCGUGAUCAUAUUAUCAGUAAUAAUAAUAAUAAUAAUAAUAAUAAUAAUAAUAAUAAUAAUAAUAAUAAUAAUAAUAAUAAUAAUAAUAAUAAUAAUAAUAAUAAUAAUAAUAAAAAUCAAACAAAUAGUGUAAUGAAUUUAAAAGAAUUAAUAUUAGAUAAUAAUAGGAUUGGUAGCAAUGGUUUAAUUAAUUUAUCAAAAUCUUUAUUCGAGAAUUGCACUUUAACCAAAUUAAGUGUUAGGAAUAAUUCAAUUGGUUUGGAUGCAGCUUUACAUUUACUACAAACACUUCAUACAAAUAGAACAUUGAUUUCAAUUGAUUUAUCAGAAAAUAAUUUUUCAAGUUCUGAUUUAUUAAAGCAUUAUGUUAUGAUUUAUCUCCAAAAUCCCUCUUUGGUUUUAUCUCCAAAUGUUCAAGUAAAAGUUAACGACACAAUUUUUAAUAAACAAGAUGAAAAUGAUGAAGAAAAUAAUAAUAAUAAUAAUAAUAAUAAUAAUAAUAAUAAUAAUAAUAAUAAUAAUAAUAAUAAUAAUAAUAAUAAUAGCGAUAAUUAUUUUUUUGGUAUAGGUAGUAAUGGUAGUAAUGUUGUUGAUGGUAAUCUCUAUCAACAAACAGAAACCACCUAUACAACAAUUAUAAAUGGCAAUAAUCAAAAUAUUAAUAAUGGUCAUAAUUUUAUAGUUCAAAAUAAUGGACUAAAUAAUAUUAAUAUUAAUAGUAAUAGUAAUAAUAAUUAUAGAAAAAGGAAUUUUGAAAAAUUAUACCUUGAUCACGAUUAA